AAUCAUUUGUUUAUAGGAGCAUAUAUCAUAUCUGAUCUUCCCCACAUUUCACAAACACGUUAUUUGAUCAUGGAGGGGUUGGUGCGUUGCUCAGCCAACUACGUGCCUCUCUCUCCUAUCAGCUUCCUCGAGCGAUCGGCAAAUGUUUACAGAGAUCGUCCCUCGAUUAUCUAUGGAGAUGUCCGGUAUACUUGGAGAGAGACUCUAGAAAGGUGCACCAAGCUUGCUUCAGCUCUCUCUCAACUAGGCAUCUCUCGUGGAGAUGUUGUUGCAGCAUUACUUCUUAACAUUCCCGCUAUGUAUGAGUUACACUUUGGAGUUCCGAUGGGGGGUGGAAUUUUAUGUACCCUUAACAUACGUCAUGACUCUGCAAUGGUGUCAGUAUUGCUAAAACAUUCAGGAGCCAAACUCAUUUUUGUAGAUCAACAAUUCUUCGAAACAGCCUGCAAUGCCAUUGACAUACUAUCCAAGAAUACAAUUGUUAAAAACCUUCCCCGAAUAGUUUUAGUUCUCGACAAUCAAUCAAUCACAAGUGCAAAUCAUUUGGAGUAUGAGAGUUUUCUUAGUACAGGAAAACUCGACUUUGAAGUUUAUAGGCCAAAAGAUGAAAUGGAACCGAUUUCAUUGAAUUACACAUCAGGCACAACCUCGAGGCCUAAAGGUGUGGUAUAUAGCCAUCGAGGUGCAUACUUAAACUCUCUAGCUGCAGCCCUGUUGAAUGAGAUGGGCUCAAUGCCGGUUUAUUUAUGGACCGUCCCUAUGUUUCAUUGUAACGGGUGGUGCCUUACCUGGGCUGUGGCAGCUCAAGGUGGUACCAACAUAUGCCUAAGGAAUGUGACUGCAAAGGGAAUAUUCAGUAAUAUUGUGCAGCAUAAGGUAACUCAUAUGGGGGGUGCACCUACAGUUCUUACCAUGAUCAUAAAUGCUCCAGUUGGUGAUAAGAAGCCUCUUCCUGGAAAAGUGGCGGUGAUGACAGGCGCCGCUCCACCACCUCCGGAGGUUCUCUUCAAAAUGGAAGAUCUCGGGUUCUUUGUGACACAUUCUUAUGGGUUGACAGAAACCUAUGGUCCAGCUACAGUCUGUGUGUGGAAGCCAGAGUGGGAUGCUUUACCUCCAAACGAGAGAGCGAAAAUCAAGUCCCGACAAGGAGUGAAUCACAUUGGCCUAGAGGAAGUUGAUGUGAAAGACCCAGUCUCAAUGAAAAGUGUGCCUUGGGAUGGAAAGACAAUAGGCGAGGUUAUGCUAAGAGGAAACACUGUCAUGAGCGGAUACUUGAACGAUUUACAGGCAACUCAGGAGUCUUUUAAGGGUGGAUGGUUUCAUACUGGAGACUUAGGAGUGAUACAUUCUGAUGGUUAUAUUCAACUUAAAGAUCGUUCCAAAGAUAUUAUAAUUUCUGGAGGAGAAAAUAUUAGCACAAUUGAAGUAGAAUCUGUUAUAUUUAGUCACCCGGCUGUUGAAGACGCAGCUGUUGUUGGACGCCCAGAUGAUCAUUGGGGUGAAACACCCUGUGCAUUUGUGAAACUGAAAUAUGAGCAUGAUGAAGUUACUGCUGAGGAAAUAAUUGGGUUUUGUAGAGAUCGUCUGCCUCACUACAUGGCUCCUCGAACAGUCGUUUUUGAGGAUUUGCCUAAGACUUCUACAGGAAAGACACAAAAAUUUGUUCUUAGAGAGAAAGCUAAGGCAAUGGGGAGCCUUUCUCGUAAGAAAAUCAGCAAACUUUGAGGAAGGUAAUGGUGUGGUGUUAUCUUGUGAGUUUGUAGCUAGCUGCUUAUGCAAGUUUUAUUUUGUGUUACAUGUAUUUCCCAUAUGUUAGUUUCAUGUCUCUUGAAAGCCAUUGUCAUUUAGCCCAGCAUCAGAAUCACAUUCAUAGUCAUGUACACUAUUUUAUUUAGAAGGAAAAAUUGAUUUAAUCA